CCUACUAGUUCCCCAUUGUGGCUUAAUUUUUUUCUUGAUGAGCAUCUAUCGCCCUUGUAUUAAUCUGCUUACAGAUACUGUCAUCAUUUGGGUCAACAAAAUUGAGGGAAUGGUUGACAACUUCAUGGGGAUGGAAGUUGUCGAGACCUGCUUAUGAAGCCCACCCAUCGGAUAUCAAACGUUCUUGGCAACGCCUUGUAAUGGGCCAACAUCUUUCCCGCUUGUUAUCAGGGACAAUUUACUUUCACUUUUUUUACGAGCGUAAACUGCAUGUUAUCCAUUAUAUCCUAGUAACCGUUCUAGUUAAUGAUCGUGUUUUGCUCAAGUUUUAUUACGAAUGUUAUUGCAAAGUAUUUGGUAAAUUCAACUGAAAUAAUGGGACGUCACACUGGUUGCUGUGUCGUAUCGCACUGGCACUACUCCCCGCCAAUGCGAGAUUCGUUUCAUGGGAAUCUGACUUUUAAUCGCUGUUUGUUCUGUUACCUGCCUCUUUAACGCUAAUGCCUUCAAUUUUUGAUUUGUUGUAGGAGUAAACAGUCUAUUUGCAUCACUUCACUUCGUUAAUAAUGCUCACCAAAAAAGGCAUGAAUGUCACGAAAUCUCACCUCGUUUGAGAGCCCCUUUUACUAUAAUAUCGCAUUUAGGUUGGUAGUGUUUGGGGUUAUCUGUCUCUGAAACGUUUGCGAGUGUUCUUUGGGUCACCUGCCUCACUAACGCUAUGUUUUCCAAACUUUAUGUUGGGUUAUCUGCCCUUCCAACACUAUGUUUUGUCUGCUUUAAUCGUCAUCUCCAAGGCAUGAAUGUCACAACAGCACAACAAAUAACAAUAAACAGCCAGAUACUCUUAAAGGAAUCCUGACAUAGAUAAUAUUCUCAUUUUCUGGCAAUGGACAUCAGCUCAAAAUUAGAAGCAUCUGUGGUCGGUGUAGGCUGUGUCUAUGUGCUAUAUUCUGUGCAGUCCUUUGUGCACAGUUACACCAUCCUGUUUGUAUCAGCUGCAUUUUGCUGGUCAGUUUAUACAGAACGAAAAUGGCAGCGUCGUACAUGUCUCAUUUCCAAGACAUUUUGCAGACCACGUGCAAGGUUUUCUGUGUGGUCAGUCCUGAUCUUCCCCCUUUGUUUGUUGUCACAGAUUCGGUCAUCUGAUUCUUCAACAUCUCACGAAGACGUUUUGCUUCAAAGUUAUCUUCUGGUUUUGAAUCCAAUGUAUCUGGCACAUCAGAUUCUUGAAAGACCAAAGCAUUUCCGGGACUCUUGUGCAAUGGAAAUCUUCUUGGAGGCAGUCUUUGGUGUUGGUUGUCCAUUGUUAAUGGGAAAAGGCUGGCUGGACUCUUUUGCUUUUGGCCUGAUGUUGGUUGCUCACCUUUAUCUCAUGAGAAAGAUGUUGCUGCUCUUACCAAAGACAUUUACUUAUGGAGAACUGGUUCUUGUUUCCCAACUCAUUGUUUAUUUUGUUCACAACAAUGCCAUGUCGAUAAUAAAGAAAAUGACUGCAGAAAACUAUGUUCUAGACAAGGAAGCUAUAAUUGCUACUGUGGUUCUUACUGUGGCCAUUUCUGUAGCUAUUUUCCAUAAUUCCAAGGUUACUGCAUCUCCAAUCAAAUUCUAUGUGAUAUACGGUCUGCUAGCAAAUGCUAUAAUAAUUUUUUGGAUAACGCUGUUGCACCCAUUUAGUUUUGAGAAGUUGUUCCGUUAUGUCAGUAGAAACCAGAUCUACCUAUUGAGUUAUUGGGUUUUAUGGUCAGUUAUGGCCAUUGCAGUGGUCAUUUACUUCAACAAACACAAAAAUAGAAUACAUUAUGAUGUACGCAAAUAUUUUCAUGUGAUCAUGGUUGCUGUUUACCUGCCUGGCUUGCUAUUGGAACCCAUGAUGCUGGCCUUGGCAGCCUGGUGCGCCUUUGCUCUUCUUUUUCUGCUGGAGCAAUUCCGAAUGUACAAAAUUCCACCGUUAUCUUCAUCCCUGGAAUCGAGUCUGUCUUUAUUUUUGGAUGAGAAAGACAGUGGUCCACUGCUGGUCAGUCAUAUAUAUCUAUUGGUGGGAUUCUCAGUUCCAGUUUGGCUGUCAACUGCUGCUGGACAUUCCCGGACUCCUGAAGACUAUGUCAGCUGCUUUGCUGGUUUGUUAACCCUUGGUGUUGGAGACACUGCUGCUUCAGUUGUUGGUAUCAGAUAUGGAAAAACAAAACUUCCUGGUAAUUCCAGAAAAUCUGUGGAAGGGACUUUGGCCUCAAUCGUUGCACAGAUCAUGGGCGUUGGGUGUUUGAAUUACUUUGUUUCAGUUCCGCUCACACCAAGAAUCCUGUUCACACUCUCAUCGGCAUCGUUCUAUGAAGCUUUCACUGACCAAAUCGACAAUCUAACCUUGCCACUCUUCACUUAUUCCCUUUUACGCCUUUCGUCAUGAUGAUGAUGAUGAUGAUGAUGAAUAAAUGACUAACUGAAUAUAUAUAAAUAAGAGAAGAGUAAAUUGUGCAUGUGUGUGUGUGUGCGUGUGUGCAUGUAUAUGUGUGGGAGCGGUAUAAUAAAUUCUACUAUAUUCUUUGAGUUUUGUAAAAAAAGGAACAUACUUUUAUCUAGAGGACUUAAGAUCCAGUUUAUAUGUGUAUGUGUAUGUAUGUAUAUUUUCAUAUAUAAAUAUAUAUAUAUACAUAUAUAUAUAUAUAUAUAUAUAUAUAUAUAUAUAUAUAUAUAUUAUAACUGUCUAUCUAUCCAUACAUAUCUAAUACAUAAUAUACAAGUAUACAAGUAUAAAAAUAUAUAUAUAUAUAAAUAUAUAUAUAUAUAUAUAUCAUCGUUAUAUAAGCAAGGUUGUUCAUCUCCAGUCUUUCAUAAAAAAUAUGUCUGGCCAUGAAAGAAUAUUACCUUGCUUCAAAACGAAACUUGGUGACAGGAAAGGCAUUAACAAAUUCCAUCUGACCCAUGCAAGCAUAGAAAAGUGAUCGUUAAAUAAUAAUGAUGAUGAUGGUACACACACACACACACACACACACAUGCACAUUAAUGUCAAGUAUUGCUAGGAGUUCCACUUCAAUUCAAUGUUUACAGCUUAAAAUAACCUCAUUAAACGAUGAUGAUGAUUCUAUUAUGACUAAUUUGACGACUAAAUUUACUAGCACUCAGUGACACUUGUACUUUCAUGCACACACACACACACACACACACUCAUAUCCCUGUACAGCUCUACCUCAUGUCCACACUCAUAAUUAUCCGUAUCAGUUCCUCCAUGCACACCCCCUCCAUGUAUACUUAGGAAUAAAUGUUAUUAGUUUUAUUAUAAUCAUCAUCAAUUUUAACAUCCUUUUUCCCAUGCUGGCAUGGGUUGGAUGGAAUUCAUUUCAUGCGUAUGUUUCUACAGCUGGGUGCCCUUCCUGUUGCCAACCCUCACCUGUUUCCAAACAAAGUAAUAUUUUCCCCAUGGCCAGACAUGUUCUCACAGAAGAUUGGAAAAAAAUGACACUGCUUCAUUUGCUACUACCAUGUAUUGUUAACACACACACACAAAGCAGGCUUCUUUCAGUUUCUAUCAACCACAUCCACGUACAAGGCUUUGAUCAUCCUGGGGCAAUUGUACAAGUCACUUGCUCAAGGUGCCAAUGCAGUGAACCAACCUGGAACCAUAUGUUCAGAAAGCAAACUUCUUUACCCCCCCCCCCCCAGCUACACAUCAUAUCUUGAUGAACAACUGACACAACUUAAAACAACAACAUUCCAAUCAAAUAAUGGUUAAUGUCUCAUGUGAUAUUUCAUUUUGUAAAUUGAUAUCAGGUUAUUAAUUAAAUUUCUAUAUUUUUUACUUCAUUAAAAAACAUCACCAAACAAUGAAAUUUUUAUGAUGUUUUGAAAUAAAUAUGUUUUUGUAACAAA